AUGGCUAUUUUCAAAGGGAUAGCAUUCAUAUUAAGCCUCACUGGAGUGGCGUCGGCGUUCAAUGCCUCUCUGUUCGCCGGCAAGACGGACUACAAGCGCGAGAGCAACAGCCUUGCAGAACAAUACGGUAUCAAAUCGGACUCAAUGAUUAGUUAUGAUGGGGUCUACUUUGGUUAUGCUCCUAAUUGGAAUCCGGCGGUCACAAUGGAAUACUUGAAUGGCUACACGGGCCAGAAAGGAGCGACAUAUAACGUUUACUCGCAAAUAACCUCGGACAAUGUCAACUCUGGUUCCUAUGGUGGGAACGGACAAUAUAACCCGACCGAUAUUAUACAAUCGGGUGCUGUCUUGAUCGCUUCGCUUAUGCCGUAUGUCGACUGGACAGAUAUUACUCCUGGGUUGUGCGAUUCAGUUGCGAAUUAUUUCGAAUCUACUUUUACCAGUCAGGGAACGACUGUUUGGCUCCGAUUUGCUCACGAAAUGAACUAUUAUUCUAACGUAGGAGUAUAUCCUGGCGGAAAAAAUUACGGGGCAUUCCUCACUGCUUGGAAAACCAUGUACAAUGCGAUUAGCGGAAAUGAUAUGAUCCACAUGUACUGGUCGCCCAACGACGACACUUCAUCCGAACCAGUAGCACCUUGGUGGCCUGGUACUGAGUAUGUGGAUAUUGUCGGCAUGGAUUAUUAUCCCAAUGCAGACGAAGGUCUUCCAAGUUUUGAAACUGCAUAUGGAAACUUCUACAAUACCUAUGCUGCUGCAAAUAAGAUUCCCUUUGCAAUUGGUGAGACUGGCACACAGCUUUCAGGCGGUGGCUCCGCAUCAAUUGCCCAAAGAGAACAAUGGCUUAAGAAUGUUAUCAAUCCUUCUUCGGGAUUUGGUAGCUACUCGGAGUAUUAUAUCAGCUGCACCUGGUUUGAAUAUGGACCACCGGCAAACGAUGCCACUUACUACGUCGUAUACAACCAAGGAUCAGUUGUUAUUGACGAAACAAUCUCAAACACUGAAAACGGGUCUUGA